CGGCAACGGGACGGCACGCACUGGUGCAGAGGUUCUACGCUGACGGCAUACGCUGCAACGAGUCAUAAGCAGUGCGCCGCUGCGCGGUGCAGCAAUUACCCCACCCCAUGCUCCGCAAAGCCCUCCUCGCCGCGCUCGUCGCCGCGGCCCAAGCUGCCUCGCUCACGUCCCUCAAGACCACGGACGCCGACUUACUGAAGGAGGCGUUUUUUGGCGGCGACUGCUGGACCAUCGCGUGCACUGAUGUGCAUGAUAAGAAGACCGGCGCGAAUCUGCUCGAGAAGGCCCUCGACGACGCGAAGGCAGCGAGUAGCUGUCGCGGGGCCUCGCUCCAGUGCGGGAAGAAACUGCCCUCCGGGAAGACGCCGCUCCAACGACUGGGCAUCGAGCCGCCGAAGCAGAAGGGCCAUCCCUUACUGAUUUUAUGCGUCAACGGCGAAGCAAGACCCCUGAACAUGGACGAGUACGCGCGCGUCAAAGAGCAGAGCGCGACGCCCGACGCGCGCGUCCUCUCCAAAACGCUCGUCCAGGCGGGCCUCGCGCCGAAGCCGAUCGUCGUGAACGACGAUGCAGCGUUCAACAGGCAGUGCGCCAACAAGCGCCACUGCCUCGUGGUAAGCUUCAAUUCAACGACGAGCGACGUCAAGGCCUUCACGCGGGCGGCAGCUGCUGUUGCCGCUAAAAGACGCUUGCUGCGCGUCGUGCUGGUGGACGGGAAGCACGGCCACUUAUCGCUGCAAAAGGCGCUGCCGGCAAACCCGGCGACCGCGCUCUACGCGCGGCGCCUCAACGCGAACGAGCAGGCCGCCCUCCAGGCCAUCAGCGCCAAGGUCCCGAAGGCGAAAGGGGUUUCGAACGAGCUCCAGGCGUCGGCCUGCGGCGCGUCCGCGAUCGCGGGGCGGGACGCGGAGUCUGCUCAUCUCAAUUUUGAGAGCAAGCUUAUUGGGCCGCGCGAUUGGCGGUCCCGUCAGGACGCGGCGGGGUUGGUCUUCCGGCGGGGCGACGCGUACCUGUCCUACGCGGCCGUGGCGCGGGGCCUCGCGGAGCGCGAACUCUUCGGCUCGGACGCGUCGUACGCGGCGGCGCAUCCGUUGGUGCGGCUCGGCGACACGACCUACACGCACGGCGCCAAGGCGUUCCGCGGUGACGGGUUUGACAGUGCUGCCUUGGACGCGUGGCUCGGCCCGUUCCUCUCGACAGCGGCGGACGACCGCGCCUUCCUCCAGCUCGGCCUCACGGGCCUCGCGAAGCGCGUCAAGUUCAAGGCGACCUCCUCAAAACGACCGACGCCGCGGCCGCGGCCGGCGCGCCGGCCCGCGCCGAAACCGAAGCGCCGCGGCGCCGUCGAGGAGCGCGACCGCCAAAAAGAACGCGCCGAGCGCGAGCGCGAGCGGCGGGAGCAGAUGGACGCGGCGGGCGCGGACCUCUUCGAGACGGUCGAGGUCGGCGCGGACGGCGAGGCGACCGCGGUGGAGGAGGAGGACGACGACGACGAGGACGACGACGAGGAGGACGAGGACGUGGAGAUGAUCUAGUUGUGUGGUGUAAUUAAACUUAGGAAGUGU